AUUUAAAGGUACAUGUAUUUCAAUCCUGGGGCCAGCUUUAACCAAUUAUGAGAUUUUUUCCCCUUCGGUUUCUUGAAUGUGUGGAAUAAAACUUUUUAAGAAAAAGUUUGUUUUGAGGUAAUACGCAUAAGAAAAUCUCGGUCACUUCUCCCCUGUGGCCUUAAGAACCAUCACUGUCUCCUUCUGAAGCUUCAGUCAGUGGCUGAAAGUGCUAUCACUACAAUGUAAUCGGGACCUUUUUCUUGUAUAACUAGAUUAAUUAAGAAAGGGAUUGAUGUUAUAUUACGUAUUUUGUCCCACGUGUAAACACUCGCUAAUCUGACAGAGUUAUUGUUUUAUUUCAAGGAAGAUGUUAAUUAGAUUAUCUCAUUGUAGCCUUGUGUUUAUAGGAUUUAUAUUAAUUGGAAUCUUCUCUUUCUCACAAGCUGCUAUAGACAAAGUACUACUAGAGACCUGCUGCCUGGAGGGGACCAAGUAUGCCACGGACUCCUCCACCUGUGAGGGGUACUCCCAGUCUGUCCCGGGGGUCAGGUUAGGGGACCAGCCCAGCUGUACGUUCAUCCUGAAGGUGUGUUGUAUGAAGCAGAAGCAGCGAGACCAGUGUCAGAACGGGAAGUCAGACGCCGCGAGUUACGGCAGGUGUGCCAUCAGGGACGAUGUGUUUGGAGCGGAGCAGUACAAAGAAUGUUGUCACUGCUGUCAGUUAUGGCUGAUCUCAUGUCUUUUUUUAUUAGGAGUGUUGUUGCUUUUUAUCAGGAUGUUGUCACUAUUUAUUGUCACUCUUUACUAGGAGUGU